ACCGUGGAAAAUCUCGACAGUAUUAAGCUUCAUCCCCGAGCGACAGGAAGUGAGAGAGAGAAAGAGAAAGCAAGAUUAUGUCAGAAGCAUGUUUUACUCUCGAAGAAGUCGCGAAACACAACGGGGUUGGAGGUGCCAAAACCUGGAUGAUAAUCAAGAGUGUUGUUUAUGAUCUCACGGAUUAUUUGAACGAGCACCCUGGGGGAGGUGAACUACUUUCGGAGUACGCUGGAAAAGAUGGGACUGCGGCAUUCGACGAUUCCGGGCACUCUUCCGACGCCAAAAAUAUCCUCAAAGCAUACAAAAUUGGUCGACUUGCCGUGAGAAAUAAAGUUUACGGUGACACGAGGAAAGUGAGCGGCGAGCAAAGAGUGGGGAUCGAGGAAGAGCGAAGAAAUCGAAGAUCUUUUCUGCGGAUCGUGUGCGGUGGCUGUGUGUGACUGAACAAAUAUCAAACGUUAUACGACGAUGGACGAAUCUAUACUUGAAAUGGAAGAUAGUAAAUAGUACAUAAGUAUUUAUAAUUCAACGUCAUUGUAAAGUAUAAGAAGAUGACUAAAACCAUAAUUCUUAAGAUCCACGCAUCGUGU